UGGAGUUGUUAGCAAAUCAAAUUGGAAACAUGAAUUUAGAAAACAAUGUUGUUGAGGUGAAACCAUCAGAAAUGUUGUUUGUUAAGACUUCUCUGCCGGAUGAACCUGAAGUUUAUGGUAGAGAGAAUGACAUGGAUGCUUUAAUGAAGUCUUUGAUAUCAGAUGAUGUAGGCAGUAAUCAAAAGAUAUAUGAUGUCAUUCCCAUAGUGGGAAUGGGUGGGAUUGGAAAAACUACCCUUGCUCAAACCCUUUUCAAUGAUGAAGAAGUGAUGAAGAAGUUUGAACUUAAGGUGUGGGUGUACGUUUCUGAUAAAUUUGACGCCAUGGCUAUGACAAAAACCAUUCUUCAACAAGUAGCUCCGGAUGAUGCUCGUAAUGACAUGGAUUUGAAUUCGCUUCAAGUCAAUUUGGCAAAGAAGUUAAUGGGAAAAAAGUUUUUGAUUGUUCUAGACGAUGCUUGGGCGAAUGAUUAUGUUCAGUGGAAGGAAGUGAUGAAGCCUUUCAAUAAUGGGGUAAAAGGCAGCAAAAUAAUAGUAACAACAAGAAACAAGACAGUUGCGGAUAGCAUUGGAACCGUUGAUCCACACUAUCUUAAACAAUUAUCAAAAGAUGAGUGUUGGGAACUGUUUGCGAAACACGCCUCUCGUGGAAAUCUUGAUAUGUUUAUUGAGAAUCCAAAACUAGAAAGUAUCGGCAGAGAAGUUGCUAAGAAAUGUAAUGGCUUACCUUUAGCUGCUAAAGUUCUAGGAGGGCUCUUGAGAUCGACGUGAAUGCUGAGAGAUGGGAACAAGUAGCAACGAGUAAUAUUUGGGAGAUGACUGAUAAAAGGAGCAAGGUUCUUCCUGCGGCCUUAGAAGUGAGCUACCGCUAUCUUCCUGCACACUUGAAAAAGUGUUUUGCUUAUUGUUCAAUAUUCCCAAAAGGCUGUGAAUUUGAAAGACAGGAACUUGUCUUAAUAUGGAUGGCAGAAAAUCUUGUGAUGCAUUCGGAGGGGAGUAAGAGAAUGGAAGAAGUUGGUGAUGAGUAUUUUGAUGAAUUAAUAUCUAUGUCGUUUUUUCAACCGAGGACCAAUUACAAUAAUAAGUCGUAUUUUGUUAUGCAUGACCUUAUAGUUGAUUUGGCUAGAGUUGUUUCUGGAAAAUAUUGUUAUUUGUUGGAGCAUAUUGAAGAUAUUGAUAAGUUUGAGAAGAA